AAAUCAAGCGAAAGAUACAGCCAACCUGAAACACAAAUCUGCAUCUUAAUUAAAGAGGAGGCGAUCCCGUCACCGACCCUCCUACCUCACCCGAUCCACCCACGAAUCGCGAUCACCUUUGACUCCACUCCUUCAUAUACAAGCUUCACUCCUCAUUGCCCAUUGGUCCGUCACGCAGUCUCCUUCGCUGGCGUCGGUAGGUCGUUUUCCCGCACACACGGCAUGGAGACGGUGUUUGGGUGAAUUCAAAGCAAAAUAGAAAGAAAAAGUAAUUACGAUACUAUUACCAGAUAUCUCUCUCUCUCUCUCUCUCUCUCUCUCUCUGCAUAUUCCUCGCAUCUGCGUGUAUCCGAAUUCCAUAAGAAGAGAGAGUAUUCUUGUUCCCCAAAUUCUCUUACGCAUUUCUCCUACUGAGGCUCUAAUCUCAGACCCGGACAGAAAGGUAAUUGAAUUCCGAUACCGGAGUUGCGGAUCUGGCGGCGAAGUUCACUGCCGGUAAUACGAAUCGUAUAUAGAGGAAAAUUGAAUUCCCCCGCCGGAGUUGCCGAUCUGGCGGGAAAUUCCACUGUCGAUGAGACGGAACGAACCUCUUUGAUUAAUGCUCGGCUUGGAGGCAUUUUUUAUCAGAUACAAUUUUGGUUAGAGUGUCACAGUUUUGGGACGGACCAAUGACGAACGGGAUGAUAGAAUGCAGCGUCUGCCAUUCAAAGUUGGUUUCCCCUACUGCCAAAACUGUGUCGAGGGCUUAUGAUAAAUACAAGAGCAGGGUAUCAUCCAAGCAACGUGCCCUCAACAUCAUCUUGGUUGUUGGUGAUUGUUUCCUAGUUGGUUUACAGCCUAUUCUGGUUUAUAUGUCCAAGGUGGAUGGGAGUUUCAAGUUUAGCCCAAUUAGUGUUAAUUUUUUAACAGAGGUUGCAAAGGUUAUCUUUGCUGUUGUUAUGCUCAUAUUGCAGGCUAGGCAUCAAAAAGUAGGGGAGAAGCCUCUUCUCUCAGUUUCCACAUUUGUGCAGGCAGCUCGAAACAACGUGCUUCUUGCUGUUCCAGCACUUCUUUAUGCCAUUAAUAACUAUCUAAAGUUUACGAUGCAGCUAUAUUUCAAUCCUGCAACAGUGAAGAUGCUGAGCAACAUGAAGGUUUUAGUAAUUGCUGUUUUGUUAAAGAUUAUAAUCAGACGCCGAUUUUCCAUAAUUCAGUGGGAAGCUCUUGCUCUGUUGCUCAUUGGUAUUAGCGUAAAUCAGUUGCGUUCUUUACCUGAAGGUACUACUGCUUUGGGUAUUCCUGUUGCCACAGGUGCAUACAUCUGCACACUGAUCUUUGUAACUGUCCCGUCCAUGGCCUCCGUCUACAAUGAAUAUGCUCUGAAAAGCCAAUAUGAUACAAGCAUUUACCUCCAGAACUUAUUUCUGUAUGGAUAUGGUGCUAUAUUCAACUUUCUAGGAAUAUUGGGAACUGUAGUUGUCAAAGGUCCUAGUAGCUUUGAUAUCUUGCAAGGUCAUUCAAAAGCUACCAUGCUUUUAAUAGCUAAUAAUGCAGCACAAGGAAUUCUAUCAUCUUUUUUCUUCAAAUACGCAGAUACAAUUUUGAAGAAGUACUCGUCAACAGUUGCAACAAUCUUUACAGGCAUAGCAUCUGCUGCAUUGUUUGGUCAUACUUUGACUGUAAAUUUUCUGUUAGGAAUUUCAAUUGUCUUCAUCUCGAUGCACCAGUUCUUUUCACCCCUAUCUAAAGUCAGAGACGAACAGCAAAAUGGGAAGCUGGAAUUGAUAGAUGUCCACAAUAACCACAGGUCAAAGGAUUCUUUUAUAAAUAUGGCAGCAGGAGCAAAUGAAGAGGCAACUCAUCAUGUUGGAUCUGAUGAGAGACAGCCGCUUCUGCCCACCUAAAGUUACUUCUGAGAGCUUUCUUUGAAGAAAUUCUUUUGGCAGGAUUUAUUGGAUAGUACACAUGAGAGCCAGGUUUCCAAAAGCUCUCAAUAGAAUAAAAUAUGGAGAAUAAUAGUCUUCUACUUCUUUGAGAUCCCUUGCCCGCUCUGGAAUUUUCCAAUUGGCGUUUAGAGCUUCUCAUGGAUGAAUUUGGGGUAUAGAAGAUGGUGGGUGACCUCGGAUUUUGCUGCUGGGGAUUUCAAUGAGAGACAUGGCUGGCUUCCUGCCCAGAUCUCCAGAUUGCUACCGGUUUUAAUCAUACCAAUAUUAUCUUACUAGCGGUAAAUGUAUUCUUUUUUUUCACCUUAGAUCAGAUUAUUCUUGACCCACAUUUCUUUCCAAUAUCUCGAUUUUUUGUCAUUAUAUACUUUAUAUAUAGAAAUUGUGUUUUGACGUCGUU